UGGAUACUCGUGCCAGGUUUAGUUUAGGUUAGGUUAGGAAGGAAAAUCCCAACUUUGCGGAUAUUUGUAAUAUUAUAACCAAGUUUCCCUAUUUUUCAAGGUCUGGAACGGGCCCGAUACUGAAAAUAACUGGGAAAAUGGAUGGCUUUAUGUAUCACGACAUAUUACAAAGUACUAUGUUACCUUAUGCCGAAGAAGAAAUGCGGAUGUUGUGGAGAUAUCAACAAGAUAACGAUCCGAAACAUUCAUCCCAUUUAAUAAAAAAUGGGUUUUUAGAAAAAGCGAUGAUUUACUGGAAUGACCAUCGCAAAAUUCGGCAAAGAAUUAUUCAUAGUGAGAAUGAUCUAUGGGGAGUUCUACAAGAUGAAUGGUGGAAGGCUCCAGUUGAUGUGUGUAGAAAUCUUGUUGAUUCCAUGCGAAGAAGAUUUAGGGAAGUCACUAAGGUGAAGGGAUGUUCAACAAAAUACUGAACAUUGCUUGUUUAAUUUGUAUGUUUAACUUUUUUUUUCUUGCUUCCCAUACUUUUGUCCAGGGUAUUCUUUAUUUAUCAUAUAUGAGACUUGGUU